AUGCCAAAAAAAGAUAACACACAUACACCGGUGCGCGGAAAUAUUAAUACUCGUCGGGGAGCCUCUUUGCAAAGUCCGCCUCAAGAUAUAUCACCGUUAUUGGUAGAUGCCACACUCAACACGUACUGCUCACCGAAAUUAGAAAACCAGGUUUUUCUUGAUGAACUUCGCGCACUCAGGGAGGAAAUGAGAGCUACGCGCCUGCAAAUGACGAAUUUGACCACUGCUAUUGCAAAUCUAACGCAGAGGAUGGAUGAGUGUGACCUACGUGUUGACAAAUUGACCGCACGCGUCGAUAUUGUUGAGCGUCGUCUUGAUCAGAAUCCUUGCGACAACUACACGAACAAGGAAGUGCUGGCGUCAAUUGAACAGUUGAAGGCAGAGAUUAACGAUAAAGACCAAGAUCUUCUCCUAAACGAUCUAGAAAUUUCAUGCGUGCCGGAGCAGAAAGUGGAAAGUGUGCAGCACAUUAUCGUGACGCUGGCAGGCAAACUGGGUGUAAAACUUGAGGACCAGGACAUCGUCAGCGCCAAUCGAGUGGGUCGUACGCCUAUUUCCUCGGAUGGGGCGGAGGCACCUCGCCCUCGUCUUAUCGUGGUACGCCUUGCUCGGAGAACAGUACGCAACCAGCUCCUGCAAGCUGCUCGUGUUCGUCGAGGUGCCACCACGGAGGGUACAGAUCUACCUACCCCACCACGCCGGUUCUAUGUUAACGAGAGGUUGACACAAGUGAAUCGGCAAUUGUUCCAGCGUGCGCGAGAAGUGGCCAAACGACUCAACUGGCGCUUUGUGUGGACUAGAGACGGGCGUAUAUACGUGCGCCGAGGCGCCUUUGCAGAUUCUCCACGACAGCGCCUACAUACGAUGGCAGACAUCACUAGGGUUUUUGGACCCGAUGCUGUUCGUUCUUCUGAAUUUGGAAAUUAA